AUGAUCCGCGCCCUCAAGCUCUCACCAGACAACGAGCUCAUCUGGCAGAAGGCCCUGCUGACAAAAGAGGUGGAGGACGUACUGGCGGGGCACCACUCCCCAAGCAGCAGUGGCGGGGACGUGCUGGCCAGCGCAGCGGUGCGCAACCAGUAUGCCCGGCUGAUGGGCCGCCCCACGGCCGACGCGGCGGCGGCGGCGGCGGCGCCCGACACGGGCUCUAAGAGCGUGCGGCGGCCCGUGGAGGGAGACUGCCCUGGCAGCUGCCCAUGCGGGCGCAAGGGGGCCUGGGAGGCGCUCGGCUUCCCAAACUGCUGA